UAGUUUGUUUACUUUAAUUUCGAAUUUGACUUGGAACUGCUUGUAUGUGUUUGUGUUGUCCUUUUUAAGAUCAUUUACGGAAUCUAAAGUAAACUAAAAUAUAAUAAAAUGCAUUAAUAUUUUAUUUUUUGAGCUUAUCUUUAUCUGAAAAUCAUGUUACAUUAAUUUAUUGUCACGUGGCAUGGUCUCGCUAAAACGAACAUUUUUUCACUUUUUCCACCAGAAGUAUAUUUUCUCAUUUUCGCAUCCCCGUUAUUAUUCAAAUAAAAUUAGAAUGCCCAAACCAGGAUUCUACGCUGUCCGUGUUGGAAGAGUUCCAGGAAUUUAUACAACAUGGGCAGAAUGUGAUGCUCAAGUCAAAGGUUAUCCAAGUGCAAAAUUCAAAAAAUUUGAGAUUAAGUCUCUUGCUGAAGAAUUUAUCGGCAUUCAGUCUUCAAGUAGUACAACUUCUGACAACUCGAGUACUAUGCAUAUUUCUGCUUCAGACUUUGAUUCAUUUUUCUCAGAAGAAGAAGAUUUAUUAACACCUGAGCCUACCUCAAACGUAAUAAGCUCAACAUCAUAUUCAAGUAAUGGAACUUCAGCAAAUUCGUCAUUGUAUUCAAACCCUGGCUCCUCUGCUUUAAUCUACCCAAUAUCCAAAAGAUCUAGAAGUUGUUACUAUGCAGUUCACAGAGGUAAAAAGCCUGGUAUUUAUAGAACGUGGACUGAAUGUGAGGCGCAGAUUAAAGACUGUAAAAAUGCGUCAUACAGGAAAUUUGAUGAUGAGGAACAAGCUAAAGAGUAUAUGAGAACUGGUGGUAUUAUUAAGGCUACCAAACGAGAAUUGAGAGAUAUGUCUUACAGUAACAAAGUCAUUAAAAAGCAUAAAAGAAACAAUGCUGAUUCAGAAUUUAUGUUAAAAGAUUCCAACGAUUGUGUUAUCAUCUUUACCGAUGGCGCCAGUGCAGAGAAUGGUAAAAGACGGGCAAGAGCCGGUAUUGGUGUUUACUGGGGUCCGAACCAUCCCUUAAAUACCAGUAAAAGGCUCCCAGGACGACAGACCAACAAUAGAGCUGAAAUUCAUGCUGCGAUUCAUGCUCUUUAUCAAGCCAAAGAAAUUGGUGCAAAGCACGUGAAGCUUUAUACUGACAGUCAAUUCUUAAUUCACGCAAUCACUGACUGGAUUAAAAAAUGGAAAAAUAAUGGUUGGAAAUUAACAUCAGGUGAAGAUGUUGUCAAUAAAGAUGAUUUCUUAGAGUUAGAAGAAGUUGGUAAGGAUUUAGAUGUUGAGUGGAUCUACGUUAAAGCCCAUGCUAGGAAUCACGGUAACGAUGAGGCUGAUAGGCUAGCUGUAGCUGGUGCUAGGUUACGAAUGCAACCGGACAAUUUUUCUAAAUAUUGUAAAAUCAAUAAUCCGGUUGCUGAUGAUGAUUCGGAUUCAGAGCCUGUUGAUUUUUUAGUAACUUCCGCGACAAGUACUGUUGAGGAUAUUACUCCUCUUAUAAUACCAAAACAGAGACCUUCAAAAGUAUAUUAUGCAGUGCAUAGAGGAAAAUCUCCUGGUGUGUAUUCAACUUGGACUGAGUGUGACGAACAAAUAAAGGACACCAUUAAGCCGGUGUUUAGAAAAUUCUUUUCUAAAGAUGAAGCCUUGGAAUUUGUAAGGACUGGCAAAACCUGCACCCAAAUCAAAUUGCCAGAAUGUAAAGAGGAUGAUUUUGUUCCGGUGUUUACAGAUGGCGCCAGUUCAAACAACGGACAGGAUGGUGCCAAAGCAGGAAUCGGUGUUUAUUGGGGGCCUGGUAGUAAACUUAAUACCAGCAUGAGAAUACCUGGUAGGCAGACUAAUAACAGAGCUGAGAUAUUCGCUGUAGUACAUGCUUUGCGACAAGCGAAACACUUUGGCAUCAAAAAUGUGAAAUUGUAUACUGAUAGUAAAUUUGUUAUAAAUGGAAUCACAGACUGGAUUGAUAAGUGGAGACAAAAUAAUUGGACCUUGGCUUCUGGGAAACCUGUGAUAAACAAAGAUGAUUUUAUAGCUUUAGAUGAAGCUCGUCAAGGAUUGAAUGUCGUUUGGUGUCAUGUCAAAGGUCAUGCUAAUAAUCCUGGAAAUGUUGAAGCUGAUAAACUAGCUGUUGAUGGUUGUACUAAAAAUCUUUCUGACGCUAUGAUUAUUGCAUGAAAUUAUCUUUGUACAAAAUAGAAAAAUAUUGAUAAGUGUAAA